CUGGCAGCGGUACUUGAAGCCAAGCAAGAAAGAAAGAAGAAAGAAAGAGCUCUGUUCUGUGGGUGGCAAACUCAGAGCUUGUGUUUGCAAAAAAGAAAAAUCUCUCAUCAGAAAUUCUUUGUUUUGCGCAAAGCAAUGUCUGUAACUCACAGAUAUCAGAAACCUUUUCCAGUUUUGGACCAUUUCUAGUUCCUCAAAAAACAUUAAAAAUCCCGAGAGAAAAAAGAAGAAGAAAACAGAAAGAGAGGAGAUAGUGGAUAAACUCAUAAACCCUAGUUUGUUUGUUUGUUUUUUUCAACUGACUGGGCAAAAUACAGAUCUUCAUUUCUGAAUCAUCAUCUUCUUCUUCUUCACUCAUUACUAGAAACUGAUGUUUUCUUCAGUUUAAGGGGAAAAAAAGGCAGUGGUUUCAAGAUUUUUGGAAGAAGAAAGGGAAGAGAUUUCGAUCUUGAAAGAUUCUGAAGGAUGAUAAGUCUUGAAUCUUGUGAACAAAGUGUUUGAUUUUUAGUUUAUUUUUGCAAAUUUUGCAUCUUUUUCAGGUAUUGCCUUGAAUACUUGUCUGUUCAUCUUUUACACCGACAGUUUCUCUCUGUUUUCUACAUUUUUUCUGAAGUGAACAAUUUCUCAUUUUCGAGAAGCAGAAAUUUCAAUUUCCUCAAUUCCUAUAGAGAUCUAAUUGAAGAGAUGAAAGUUGAAGUUUCUGGAAAUGUGGAAGAACUAGCACAUGAGAAGUUACUGGGGUUUGAAGAAAACUUACCUUUUUUGGUAAUUUGUUGAUUGAAUGUGUAAAAACUGGUCAUAAUUUGUGUCAAUCUCAGAGUUAAUGGAUCUUUCUUAAUUAAGGUCUUAGAUUUAGAGAAGGGGGUGAAGAUGGCAAGUUGGGAACAUUUUGGGGAGUUAGCAAAUGUAGCUCAACUCACCGGAGUAGAUGCAGUCAGGCUAAUUUCGAUGAUUGUUAAAGCAGCUAGUACAGCUAGAAUGCACAAGAAGAAUUGUAAGCAAUUUGCAUUACAUCUUAAAUUGAUUGGGAAUUUGUUACAACAACUUAAAAUCUCUGAGUUAAAAAGAUAUCCAGAAACUAGAGAACCAUUAGAACAGCUUGAAGAUGCAUUGAGAAGGUCUUAUAUUCUUGUGAAUAGUUGUCAGGAUAAGAGUUAUCUUUAUCUUUUGGCUAUGGGUUGGAAUAUUGUUUGUCAAUUUCGAAAGGCUCAGAGUGAGAUUGAUCGUUAUUUAAAGCUCGUUCCUCUUAUUACCCUCGUCGAUAAUGCACGCUUUAAGGAGAGAUUGGAAGAUAUCGAAAGAGAUCAACGUGAGUACACCUUGGAUGAAGAUGAUCAAAAGGUGCAGACUAUUAUUUUAAAACCAGAGCCUUCAAAGAAUGACACAAUGGUGCUGAAAAAGACCCUCUCGUGUUCUUAUCCGAACAUGGCUUUUGAGAAAGCCCUGCAAACAGAAACUGAGAAGCUUCAAGUAGAACUCCAACAAUCACAGGCUAACUUAGACGUUGGUCAAUGUCAAGUAAUCCAACGUUUGCUCGAAGUCACAGAAUCUGCAGCAAAUUCUCAGCCGAUGACACCCCUAAAAAAGUCAGUGAAAAAGGAUCCAGAUCAUUCAUACAUAGACUCUGACAAAGGGCAAACCUAUAGUGAAAGCUACGUUGCACCCAGUGACACUCGCAAAGCACCCUCAAGAAAUAGUUCUUCAGUUUCAUCCGGACAAGAUCUAUUAUCAAGAAGAGGAUCACAGCGGGAUGACGAAUGGAGUUCAGAUUUACUUGGCUGUUGUGCAGAACCUGCUUUGUGUAUGAAGACUCUAUUCUGUCCUUGCAGUACAUUUUCAAGGAUUAACUCGGUGGUCGCUAAUAGACACGUUUCUCCAGGAGAAGCAUGUAACGAAUUAAUGGCAUAUUCACUGAUAUUGGCUUGCUGUUGCUAUACCUGCUGCGUAAGAAGAAAGCUCCGCAAGAUGCUCAACAUCACGGGUGGAUUUUGUGACGACUUCCUCUCACAUUUGAUGUGUUGCUGUUGUGCUCUAGUCCAAGAAUGGCGAGAGGUGGAAAUGCGUGGUAUUCACGGUCCUGAGAAGACAAAAACAAGUCCACCACCUUCUCAAUACAUGGAAUCGUGAACCUCAACCGAAUUUGCAGGUCCUGGUAGUUUGUGCAGAGUAAAAUAUAUGGGUAGAUAUUACAUGUCCUCGUCGUCAAGCUCCCUGAUUCCUCUUCUGGUCGAUGAUGACCAAUGGUUAGUUAACCAAUGUUCAUUUGAACCUUCCUAUAAGAAAUCUUAUGCGUCAUUAAUAUAGAAUUUUUUGGUUUUUUUUCUUGACAUUCAACAUCUGUAUCAUAGAUUACUUGUUUAAUGGAAAAGUAGUGGUUUGCAUUAUUCUUUCGGAUAUAUUUCUCUUCAUUGUACCUUGUAGAGUUUUCCUAAAUUGUAACAAAACAGCAACUACGCACUAA